UCCAUUUUGCCCCCUCCGAAAUCCCCAAAAUCCUCACGGCAAAAACAAAAAAGAGAGUGGGAAAGGGCGGAAACAGCAGGCCGGCGGGAACCCUAGCGGCGGCGAUGGGGCGCGGCGGCAGCGGGCGGUCCAAGAGGGAGGAGGAGGAGGAGUUCAAGGGUGCGAAGCGCGGGUACCGGGAGGCGGCGUCGGAGGGGAACCGGGAGGAGGAGGCGCGGUGGGCCAACGUCAUCGGCGACAUCCACAAGCGCCGCGGGGAGUACGUGGAGGCGCUCCGGUGGCUGCGGAUCGACUACGACAUCUCCGUCAAGCACCUCCCGCAGCGGCACCAGCUCGAGUCCUGCCAGUCGCUCGGGGAGGUCCACCUCCGCCUCGGCCACUUCCCCGAGGCCCUCACCUACCAGAAGAAGCACCUACAAAUUGCCAAGGAAUCUGAUAACCUUGUUGAGCAGCAGCGAGCUAGUACCCAGCUCGGGAGAACAUACCAUGAAAUGCUUCUAAGAUCUGAAAAUGACCACAGUGCCAUACGGAACGCCAAGAAGUAUUUCAAAUCUGCGAUGAAGCUGGUAAGGGUUCUAAAAGAGAACACCGCAUCUCAAAAAUCCCCAUAUCUGAAGGAGCUUAUUGAUGCAUACAAUAAUAUGGGCAUGCUUGAACUGGAGCUUGAUAAUUUUGAAGAAGCCGAGAAACUACUUCUCCAGGGCUUGAAAAUAUGUGACGAAGAAGAGGUAAACCCAUAUGAUGAUGCUCGCAGUAGGCUCCAUCAUAAUCUAGGGAAUGUUUAUAUGGAAUUACGCAACUGGAAUAGAGCCAAGAGUCAUAUUGAGAAGGACAUAGAGAUAUGUAGACAAAUAUGCCAUCUUCAAGGUGAGGCAAAGGGAUUUAUAAAUCUGGGGGAGUUGCAUUCUCAGGUUCAAAAGUAUGAAGACGCAAAACUUUGUUACAAUAAAGCUCUUCAAAUAGCAAAGCGCUUGGAAGAUGAAGAUGCACUAGUUGACCAAAUUCAUCAGAAUAUUGAAACUGUGACGAAAGCUGCUGAAGUUCUUGAGGAGUUGAAGAAAGAUGAACAGAAACUGAAAAAGCUUAUCAGAGAUACUUCUAGUGCUAGUGGAACAUCCAAGGAGAGAAAACUCCUCCUCGAGCAGCAUGCCUGGCUGGAUAAUCUUAUUGAAAAAGCAAGAAUGAUAUCUGCAUGGCCAAAACACAAGGAAUUUUCGAAAGGGAAAAAGAGGGUAACAAAUGAACUUCGUGACAAGGAAAAACAGAGUGACUCUCUUCUGUCCAUUGGAGAAUCAUACCAGAAGCUUAGAAAUUUCAGCAAAGCUCGUAAAUGGUACAUGAAAAGUUGGAACAUGUAUCGAUCAAUUGGAAACUUAGAGGGUCAAGCAUUAGCAAAAGUGAACAUCGGGAAUGUUCUUGAUUCCUGUGGUGACUGGGCUGGUGCAUUGCAAGCUUAUGAAGAAGGCUACAGAAUUGCUUUGGAAGGUGAUCUGCCAAACGUGCAACUUUCUGCUCUUGAAAACAUGCAUUACAGUCACAUGGUCAGAUUUGAUAAUGUAGAGGAAGCCAAGAAGCUGCAGCAAGAAAUAGACAACCUGAAGCAAAUAUUGAAUCAGCAUGAAGCAAGGAAUACCGUUAGUGACUAUUGCUCAGAAACUGAAUCUGAAGGUGGUGAUGUAUCUGAUAAUAUGCUUGAUCCAGAAGACAAUCAUGAACAUGCUGCAAAUACGUAUUCUGACGAACCUGAUGAUGAUGCCAUUCUUGCCUCACUUGUUCAUAGAAGUACGGACUCAUCUAAAAUCAAGGAAUCUAAGAUACAUACCGCCCCGAAAAAGGUUGAUAAACUACGUGACAUGGAUAAGGGCUCUAAAGAAGUUUUAAGUAAAUCAUGCCGUAAUUAUUCUGCUAGAAAACGUGUCCGUGUGGUUAUAUCAGAUGAUGAAGCCGAUGAGAGUCCUGAAAUUAAUCAAUCAAAAAGGAUACUAACUAGUCGAACAGAUAAUCUGUCUACAUCAGAGCACACAUCACAAGGAGCAAACAACAGAAAUCAGGAUACUUUACGCACUACUGAAACCAGGGAUCCGUACAGUAUCUGCACACCCUGCCCUGCUGAGGAAAGUAUAUGUUCAUUCAAAUCAAGUAGCCCCACUGGUCAUGGUAAUGAAUGCCCAGAAAUAGGAGCUUCUAGCGGAGGAAAUGUGUCUGCAUAUAAACCAACAGCAAGUGGUUCCAAUGUUUGUACUCCUGCAUCAUACAGCCAGCCGCAAGGUCAAAACACUGCCAGCCUUCAAUCGGCAGAUACUAAUCGUCAAUUUUUAGCAUUCAGAAUCGGUGAGCAUCUGGUGUAUGUGGAUACAAAUGCUUGCAUAUGUGAGGACAUUUUUAGCAUUGAGUCUCUUAAAGUUGAAGUGGCAUGUGCGUACUACCUUCAGAUUCCUGAUGAGAAGAGGUCCAAAGGCUUGUUGCCUAUUAUUGGGGAACUUAAGUGUUGUGGAAAUGUACUAGAUGGUGCAGAAUCAACAGAUCAUAUUAGUCAACUUGCUUCUGAGCAGAAGUGCAUCGAGGCUGUUAUUGAUGUACUUGUGUUUGUCUCGGGGUGCUAUCGACUAUUAUCUCACUGUACUGAUUGGGUGCCAAAGCGGUUGAUGAAAUUGUACGUAGAUUUCUGCACGGAGUUAUCAGAAUCACCAAAUAAGAAGCUCUUGACAAAGUUAUAUAAUCUUGAAGUCUCUGAAGAUGAAAUCGUUGUGUCUGAUUGUGGACUGCAAGACCUAUCAGUUUCACCUUUUCUUGAUGCCCUAAGAUCACAUAAAACAAUAGCUGUGUUGGAUCUUUCUCAUAACAUGCUAGGAAACCAAACAAUUGAAAGGCUUCAACAAAUAUUUGCUUCGUCAAGCCAAACAUACGGUGGCUUGACACUGGAUUUACACUGCAAUCGAUUUGGUCCAACUGGUUUAUUUCAGAUAUGCGAGUGUGCUGUUAUGACUGAACGGUUGGAAGUGCUUAAUCUGGCUGGGAAUCGCCUCACAGAUGGUUGCAGUUCUUAUCUUUUCACAAUCCUACAGAAGUGCAAAGCACUAUAUAGCUUGGAUGUUGAGCAGUGUUCCAUCACAUCAAGAACAAUUCAGAAGAUGGCAGAUGCAUUACAUGAAGGAUCGGUCCUUUCACAUCUCUCAAUAGGAAAGAACAAUCCAAUUUCUGGCAACACGAUGCUUAACCUUCUCUCCAAACUCGCUUCCCUGAAAAGGUUUUCACAACUAAGCCUAACUGGUAUAAAACUGAAUAAAUUAAUGGUUGAAAAGCUGUGUUUACUUGCACAAUCCUUGUGUAUAUCGGGAUUUCUGCUCGGUGGAACUUACAUUGGACCGGGAGGAACAGUUAGGCUUACCGAGGCAUUAUCCAGCUCGUCCCAAGAAUUGCUGAGGUUGGAUUUAUCUAGCUGUGGGCUUGCAGCUCCUGAAUUCCCACAAAUCUGUAAAAAUCUUUCUCAAAUAAGUAUUCUUGACUUGAACCUAGGAGGAAAUUCCAUUAACCUGGAGGGAUGUGAUGCUGUUGGGGCAGUACUUGCGAAUCCCCAAUGUAGUCUCAGAUCUCUAACCCUUGACAGAUGCAAUCUUGGGCUUGGUGGCAUUACUCGUGUUAUUCAGGCACUAGCAGGUAAUGACCAACUGGAGGAGCUGCGCAUAUCUGAGAACACGAACUCGACACACGGGAGAACACUGCAGUUCGAUGAAGAUAUGCAGGACGUAUCGACAAGCACUGAUCAUAAACACGGCAACAAUGCCGAACCAAGCGAUGACAUAGCUCCAGGAAGUGUAGAUCUUGAGAAGAUGGUGGUGGCAGACAGCGAAGAUGAAGAGGUUAACGAGGACCGCCGCACAGCAUCUGGCCCAGCCCGGAGCUGUGCAAGUUCUUGCCAGAGAAACUCUUCUUAUUCUGGCUUCCAGUUGAUCCAAGAACUUGGGGAGGCCCUCAUUUCAGCAAAUCAACUGAAGGUGCUUGAUCUCAGCCGGAAUGGGUUGUCAGAGGAGGCCAUACAGUCGCUGUAUUCUGCCUGGGCGUCUGGUCCUAGAGGCGACGGUAUGGCUCGGAAGCAUGUGAGCAAGGAGGUGGUGCAUUUCUCAGUGGAUGGAACAAAGUGCUGUGGCCUCAAGCCCUGCUGCAGAAGAGACUUGCAAAUGUAAAACAGGCUGACUUUCCAACUUCAGAUUAUAUAGACUAUCACUCCCAGGAUAUAUUGCUAACAGUAAAUUAGCUACGACUUGUUAAUUGAACUCCCAGUUACGUCCGGAACAGAGAUGUAUCGGCAGGACAUUUAUGCUAUUUCAGGACUGUAACUUUUAUGCCGGCUUGCUGGAGUUUAUAUAAAAUUAUUAUGGAAUUC